CAUUUUCGUUGAUCAGUUGCAAGGAAGUCGUUCCAGCGAGUGUUUCGAUUGUCCGGGAGCGCGAUUGUUCUUUGCCGAUCGAAAUGGCGCGUAGUACGAGUUUUGUAGCGUUGUUAUUACUGCUGGUUCUAGGAGCCGUCAACUCGCAGCUGGUCUGCUAUUCCUGUAACAAUUGUGAAGGAAACGGUUUGGGUGCCGUCAUAUGCGGAAAUCCUGCGACUGGAGGUGGCGGUGGUGUUGGACCCACUCUACCGACCUCACCGUAUCCUACUUAUCCAACGACGCCGUAUUGGCCGCAGGUGACAUGGUAUCCACCACUGUCUUCCACCGUCUCACCGUGGGGUCGAUCGACCGGUUACGUGUGUUACCGUGUCCAGCGUUACGUGCCGUACGAAAAUCGUUACACGAUUGACAGAGGCUGUGCUCUACAGCUUGCCUCAUACGAUUCUACCUGCAGAAGUGUGACCGGCAAUCAGGGAUACCUUAAUUGUGAAUUCUGUGUCGGUUCGCUGUGUAACUACUGA